UUAGGCUGCUUAAAGGAACAGAAGCAGAAGAGAAGAUUCUACAAACUGAAUUGAUUGAAGAUGGUGGUUCCAUUUACUUGAAAAUGAAGCUUCCUUCUUAUGACUGUCCACAGACCUUCAGCUUCAGUCUCCUUUCCCUAGACCAGGAGUGGCUAACCUGCAGCAUGAGUGCCAUGUGUGGCACACAACUGAUCAGGGAGGGGACAGAAAGCACCACAGCAGAUGGGGAAGGAAGAAGAAGGCAGAGCAGGAGAUCAGCCUUGGGAGCUGCUUAUGGGACAGCAAAGAGUGGCACGGGUAUUGCAGCCAUGUCUGUCAUGAGGCCUGAGCUGAUCAUGAAAUCAAUCAUCCCUGUUGUCAUGGCAGGUAUCAUAGCCAUCUAUGGCCUGGUAGUGGCAGUCCUUAUUGCCAAUGCUCUUUCAUCUACCAUCACACUAUACAAGAGCUUCCUUCAGCUGGGUGCUGGCUUGAGUGUGGGCCUCAGUGGUCUGGCUGCAGGCUUUGCCAUUGGCAUUGUGGGUGAUGCAGGUGUACGGGGGACAGCACAGCAGCCCAGGUUAUUUGUGGGCAUGAUCCUGAUCUUGAUCUUCGCUGAAGUCUUGGGUCUCUAUGGCCUCAUUGUUGCCCUUAUCCUUUCCACAAAGUAAACACCAUAGUAUGAUGUAAAGAAAUGCAACAGAAACAAAACCACACUUAAAAAAAGAAAUAACAAGCUCCAGAAUGAAAAUGGUCUCUCCAAUGUGUACAGUUGUCUCAAUUUGGUAGUUGAUCUCUUGUAAAUGCGCAAUGUAUGUUAGUGACUCGUCUGUCCUGUGUGUACUUCAAUAUUAAAUUGGAUGGGCUUCCCCAAGCCUGCUACCUGGCUUGGGGUUGCCUACGUGCAAUUUUCCACCCAUUUUGCUGUUAGAGUACUUUAUGUAUAAAUAUGAACUAGACUUGUAAUUUUUCUCUUCACUGGAUGUUUAUUUAUAAGACUUGACAUGUUCAUACAUUUAUGGAGCAAGAAUUUUCAAUUUCCCAUGCUAUAUAUAUUAAUCUUAUAUAUAGGUAGAUUAUUACACUGUGGGGUCAAUUGUAAGUGCAGAGAAUUCCUUGGAUGUAAUUUGAAUCUAAAGAUUGCUGUAGUGUCCUGAUAUUGGAGUGUGAGAAUUCUGUUUGUGUUUUACAGCAAGUGUCAGAAACACUCCUGUUUCCAGUAGUAAUAAUGUAUGCUCCGGCAUCAAAGUCGUGCACCCAGUGCUGGGUAUUGCAGUUAUACAAUGUUUCCAAAUAAAACUUCCUCCACUAAAUGACUGUAACAGAGACUUUUGUGGCUUAAUUCAGUGCAUCUGAAAUAAGUCUCCCACUCCCUCUAUAGGGAUGGGGAAUCCCCCAACAUAGGGACAGGCAGAAUUCCAAGGUAACUUGAAUAGUUAAUAAUGGAAGUUACUUUAUGUUGUGGUGCUUCAAUACUUAUUUAUUUUGUACAGUGGGGGGAAUUAUCCAUGAGGGUUAAAAAUGUCUAAGGUGGGGUGGAAAAGUGGAAAAAACUGCCUUGCACUGUAUAAGAACUUGAAAAACAGAAGGCUGUUUUCAUUUUGGCUUACUGCAUGGUAGGCCAAGGAUUGGAAGAGUAUUGAGGUAGUGAAUGCAGGUCAGCUCUUAGCUCCCCAUAGUGAGGUACAACUAACUUCAGAGCGAGUACUGAUGGAAAGGGUACAGACUAAGCAUCUCCUAUCCUGUAGAAAAAAUACUGCUUAAUAUCAUAUGCAAGGUAAACGCGCUAUAAAAAUACAGGUGGAGGGUUCCUGAUACUACAAAACAAAAUGGUGAAUUGAGGGAAGUGAAAUAUCUUCAUUACAUCAUCCUUUGUUCAUUUUCUGAGAUACAAGAAUAUCAACUGUGUGAUAGUAGUCAACAGGAUGACAUGACUUCCAAUCAUUUGGAUGAGCAGUCUAUCAAGCAUAGAGAUUAGCGGAAACCUAACUUUGGAACAGGAUUCUAAUUGCAGAAUGCCAUUAAGUCAAAAUGCUGCUUUCUCUGAAGUGCUGUAACUGUUUAAAGCUGUCUUCUGGAGUUCUUGAAUUUAAAUGUGUUUUAAGAUGUCAAAGUAGCUAGCAACAAAAAGCUCAAGCCUUGCUUUUUCAGAAUAGAAUUCUUGCAGGAUUUUCCAGCAAAUGCAAAGUUUUGUUUAUUCCAAACUGCAGAUUCAAACUUCUGUGAAACAUUACGGUCUUUGCAAAACUAACUUCUUAAAAAAAAAAAAAAAAAAAAAAAAAAAGCAUGUAC